AUGCCUAAAUCCAAAGGAAAGGGAGGAAAGAACCGGAGACGCGGAAAGAACGACACAGGAUUCAAGCGCGAGCUGGUUCUCCGCGACGAGGACCAGGAGUACGCCCAGGUCACUAAAAUGCUCGGCAGCGGCCGCGUCGAGGUCCAGUGCUUUGAUGGCGACAUGCGUCAUGCCCAUAUCCGUGGUAAGAUGCGCAAGAAGGUGUGGAUUUCCCUAGGCGACAUUGUUCUGGUGUCCAUCCGCGAGUUCCAGCCUGAGCAGGCCGACGUCAUUCUCAAGUACCACCCCGACGAGGCCCGUGCACUCAAGGCACAGGGCGAGCUUCCUGAAAACACUCACAUCAACGAGGGCGACAAGGAGGGCGGCUCCGAGGACGAGCUGUUCGAGUUCGACAACGACGACAAGAGCGAUAUGGGCGAGUCCGAAGAGGAGCUCGACAUCGAUGAUAUUUAG